AUGUAUGGAGGAGGUGUUGGAUCAAAAGUGUCAACAGUUCCUGAAUAUAUUCUUAUCAAUAAUUGUGUUUCAGAACUCAAGACCAGUACAAAUAAACUCAAGCGUAGCAUUAAGAAAGCAAGGAAGGUAGCAGCUUCAAAACAAGAGGAUGAGACGUUAGCUGAUUAUCGGCAAAGGAGGGGCCGAUUCCAGCGCAGAAGGUUAGCAGCUGAGGAGAAACUUCGACCUCAUGCUGACGGUGUGGCUUCGGAUUCGGAUGCUUCGGGAGACGAACCCGUGUGGGUGCUACGGGAGUGCAAAAUUAAGCCACAUCGGCGUACCAGGGAGAUUAAGCGACUGGUUGAAGAUGACCUCGAAUCCGAGCAUAAAGAAGAAGAGUAUUGGGAUAUGAUGUACAUCGAUACUGAUGAGAUACCGGACUUCGUCAAUAUCUCUAACAGUGACUCCAAGGAAGAAACUUAUGAGGAUUCUUCGAAAGACAAUAAUGAUGACGAAUCUGAUAACUCUGACAAAUCUGACGAUUCCGAUGAAUCUGAUGCAUCUGAUGAUUGA